CUCCCCCGUAGCGAGCGCUCUGCAGCUAGGGGUUCAACGUCACGUCGAGGGCUGGGGCGCAGCACCCCACAGCCUUGUCUCCGGGGCAACCCCACACCUCGGGGCUCAGGGAUGCUCCGAGACACCGCACGCCGCCGAGGGCUGGGCAGCGGGGUGCUCCAGUGAGGGGUGUGGGAGGAGGAGGACUCAGGGACACUUCCGGGGAGGGCUAGGAGUGCGCGGGGACGUGUUCCCCAAGUGGAGUCCGGACUUCGGUUCUGUUUUGCUGGAGGGUGUGAGAGCCAAGAGCAUCUCUGCACAGUGAGGACCGAGGAGCGGCUCACCCUCAUCCAGGAAGGGGUGGGGGAGUGGGGGGGGACGGGGGAGUCACUAGGACACGUUCCCAAGUCGGUUGGGACUCCUCCACGUCAGUCCUCCGCCCUCGCGCGCGCGCGCGCCCGCCCCCGCCGGAGCCGAGGCACCCCAGUGACCGCACCCGGAUCACUGACGACUAAGAGAAGGGUGGUGCUCGCGCCAGCUUCGCUCCGCUUGGCGCCACCGGUUCCGGAACCAUCGUGCGGGAAAGACAGUGUGGGGGACAAGGAGCGGGGACGGACCUGCGCCGGAAGUGAGGUACUUAAAACCCGCGGCCGCUGCGAUGGCGCACAUCACCAUCAACCAGUACCUACAGCAGGUAUAUGAAGCCAUUGAUACCAGAGAUGGAGCGUCCUGUGCAGAGCUGGUGUCUUUCAAGCACCCUCAUGUUGCAAACCCACGGCUCCAGAUGGCCUCUCCAGAAGAGAAAUGCCAGCAAGUUCUGGAGCCCCCUUAUGAUGAAAUGUUUGCGGCUCAUUUAAGGUGUACCUAUGCUGUGGGGAAUCACGACUUCAUAGAGGCCUACAAGUGCCAGACGGUGAUUGUCCAAUCGUUCCUGCGGGCAUUCCAGGCCCACAAAGAAGAAAACUGGGCUCUGCCCGUCAUGUAUGCAGUAGCACUUGACCUUCGGAUAUUUGCCAAUAAUGCAGAUCAGCAGUUGGUGAAGAAAGGGAAGAGUAAAGUUGGAGACAUGCUGGAGAAAGCCGCCGAGCUGCUGAUGAGCUGCUUCCGCGUCUGUGCCAGUGACACUCGUGCUGGCAUAGAGGACUCCAAGAAGUGGGGGAUGCUGUUCCUGGUGAACCAGCUGUUCAAAAUCUACUUCAAGAUCAACAAACUCCAUCUGUGUAAGCCUCUUAUCAGAGCCAUUGACAGCUCCAAUCUGAAAGAUGACUACAGUACUGCACAGAGGGUCACCUACAAAUACUACGUCGGCCGUAAGGCCAUGUUCGACAGUGACUUCAAGCAAGCUGAGGACUACCUGUCAUUCGCCUUUGAGCACUGCCAUCGCUCCAGCCAGAAGAACAAGAGGAUGAUUCUGAUCUACCUGCUGCCAGUGAAGAUGCUGCUCGUGAGUGAUUGACAGCAGUCUCUGGCUGGCUGUGGUGGUGCUGCUUGUGAGUGAUUGACAGCAGUCUCUGUGGCUGGCUGUGGUGGUGCUGCUUGUGAGUGAUUGACAGCAGUCUCUGUGGCUGGCUACGGUGGGCUUAAAGCAGCGGUGUGCUGAGUGGUGUGCUCCCUGGGAGCACAGCCAGGAGCAGAGCUUACACAUGCCUGCAUGGCAUGCCCACACAGCUUCAGACCCUUCCAGGGGAGCUCUGCUGUGUUUGCUUCUCUUGAAAGCAACUCGGAACUUUAAUAUUCAUAUAACAAAUGAAACAAGCAUAUAUUACUUAUAUUUCCCCUUAAAAGCUAAAUUCAUUUCAGUAAAGUAACUAAAAAAGGAAAAUGUCAUUCCAGUCACCUAUGGAAAUUUUUUUGUUUGUUUGUUUGUUUGUUUCAAGACAGGGUUUCUCUGUAUAGUUUUGGUGCCUGUCCUGGAUCUCGCUCUGUAGACCAGGCCUCGAACUCACAGAGAUCCGCCUGGCUCUGCCUCCCGAGUGCUGGGAUUAAAGGUGUGCGCCACCACUACCUGGCUCCUAUGGGAAUCUUAAUCAUAAUAAAUAAAUAUUUAUUUAUGUAGUCUUACGUAGCUCAGGUUGUCUCCAAAGCUAAUGUAACCAAGACUGUCCUUGAACUCUGAUCCUUUGCCUCCACUUCCCAGCCGAUGGGAUUGCAGGUGUAUACUACUCCAAAGUUCAGUUUUGAUACGUGAACAGGAAAGUCACACAGGUAGA